AAUUCUUAGACAUGAUGGAUUUAGGUUGCAACAUUGAGUUCAACUUUCCAGAAUCAAGCCAGUUAGCUGACACUGUAUUUGGAGGUACAAACACCAGCAUAAAUGACAAAUUGGGCCUUGGGACUGGGCAGUUGUUAGAUACAGUGUCAGGAACAGCCCAAUGUGUUGGUCACCAUGAUACUGCUAUAAAACAUCUGUCUGCCACAGAUUUUCAAUUUGACCUUGGUCCUACCAAUGAUUUGGUCUCAACAACAGAUUUUCCUUUGGGUUCAGAUGCAGAAAUUGGAACAGAUUCUGUUGAAGAGUGCAGUGAGGGAUAUAGCAUUGUAAAUGCUGCAUUAGAGGGAGGAGGUGUACUACACAAACAUCCUAUUCUUUCCUCAAAUACACUCAAUCUAGGAAAUGUGACAAAUAUACAGCCAAUUCAGUUAAAUCAAACCAACCUGCUUGGGAUGUCAACUAUACAGAUCAUACCAAUAGAGAACAUGCAGUUACUGUCAUCAAUUAAAUCCCAGGGUCAUUGCAGGAACAUUCAGUCAUCAUCAGCAUACUCUGGCUUGCCUUUCAUUCAAAGAAAUUCCCCAGCAGCUGUGCUGCUAGGUAAUGUCUUACUUCUGCAAUCUCUACCUAAACAAUUUAAUGAAAACAGUCUGUCUUAUUCAAGCAUUUCAACUCAACCACAACAAAGUUCUUUGCAACAUAAUCAAGUCUUGCAGAUUUCUAAUGAUUCAAAUACGACUCUGUCUAUUCAAAAUACCUCUGUGCUAGAUUCUUUGAGGGGGAAAGUUGUAAAUGAAAUUUUGGAUGAAGGGAUGACUAUAAAGACACUUCUAGAGAAAAAUAGCAGAAAUGAAAGCAUGCAGAUAAAAGGGCAAAUUUUUUCUAAAGAUAAAGAAAGCCAAGUUGGGAUGAAACAAUCACUUACAUGUUGUACUGAAAGAGAUCCAGCUGAAGAAUAUGUAGAUAAACAGACAGAUACUGAGUGUUUAUCACAUGCUAAAGAAUUAUCAGACAAUCAGAAAAACACUAAAAUUUUAGUUUACGGUAAGAAUAUUGCUCUUACAUUUGAUUGCCGUAAUCAGAAUUUUGUUAUGGAAUCCCUAACAAAGGCCAUGAAAGGAAGUCAAGUUUCAUCACAAGAAAAGGUUAACAUACAUGUAGAAAUACAGAAAUUAAUUCAUGCAAAUGAAUGUGCUAACAUUCCAAAAGAAGUAAAGUAUGUUUCAAUUUUAAAUCCUCCCACAUCAAAAAGUUCAAAAAAUGAUCCUUCAGAAAUGUGUUUCCCUAGGACUGCAGUAAAAAAAGGGGAUAAUGAAACUAGGUCAAGUGAUAAAAUAUUGGAAUCUGAAAAACAAACUUCAAGUAAAGUUAAACUUAAGGGAAAAGGCAGCUCAGUGGCAAAUAGACGUAGAUCAUCACACGACCAAAUCUGUUUGGAACACAGAGAUACUGAAGAUAAAGUAGCUGUCCUCGCGGUGGUUAAACAAGAUCCGAGAUCCAAUGGUUCUAGCCAAAAAGAGGAAGAAUAUGUGCAUAACUGUGACCUAUGUAGUGCUACGUUUAGCAGAAUAGGAAACUACACAAGGCAUCGUAUGAUUCACACUCUCAACACACAGGAUAACUAUCGAUAUAAAUGUAGUGAGUGUGGGCGACUUUUUCUUCAACGCUGUGACAUGAAACGGCAUAUGCUUAUCCAUACCAAACAGGAACCUCAUAGGUGUGCAGUGUGUGACAAAGGCUAUAUAAGGAAAAGUGAUUUGGUGGUUCACAUGAGAUUUCAUUCAAAGGAAAGAGCAUACAAGUGUAUCCAGUGUGAAAAGCAGUUCUUUCAGUCAGGUGACCUUAAUCGUCAUGUGAGGAAAGUCCACUUGUUGGUUCCACUUCAGAAAUGUGGUCACUGUAACAAACAAUUUGUUAAGGAAUCUACACUGAUUAGACACAUGCAAACUACCCACAAGGAAAUCUUCAUCAAAUCUCUAAGGACUCAGCUUGAUCAAGUGCCUUUGGAAAAGCAGGAAGUUGCUGAUGCACGAGAGGGAACCAGUGUAACAGAUUCUUAAGUUUCUCACGUUUUCGUGAGCACAGACUAACAUUUUAAAGUUUUACAUAGAAAUA